AUGCUAUCUUCCACAUUAUCUAUUUCAAUAAUUAUCCAUUGUACAUUUUUGUUACUGUUAACAAUAACAACAAUAGAUGCCUAUGAUCAACAGUAUUUAACAAGUAAAGACAGAUCAACAUCAUCACUAGACAAUACUCGUUCGUUAAAACAUUUAUUAAAACGAUCAUUUUCGCAUCAUCUAUUGACUCAUAUACCAGACUACUAUUAUUCUCAUGAAAAUGAGAAUAUUCAAUAUAGUCGAAAACGUCGUGGUACGGGAUACUUUGUCAUUCGAAAUGGAGAUUAUUUAUAUUUUAUACCAGAUUCAAAACAUCCGUUUACGAAAAAUAUGCGCCCAUAUAUUGGAAGAAGAAAAAGAUAA